AUGAAGGGCCUGCAUGCCUCAAGUACGGCUGCCAAGACGCUCUUUAGUGGUUGGGACUCUUGGACCAUUCGUGCAAUAGAAGAGGCCAAGGAAUUUAUGGUGAAGACCAUCAAGGAUAAAAAUGCGCAAGUAAUUGAAGUCACUUCUGUCAUAGCUGCUGGAGAUUUGGAACUUCCAUUUGGAGAUGAGGAGGAUGAUCAUGAGCCUGAGACUUCAGUUGAAAGUCCUCCUCCUCCUUCUAUUAGGUUGAAGAGACUUAGGAAGAGGACAGUGGUGGUGUAUGUGGCCGCAAAACCUGCAGUAGCUCCUACAACAACAUCUGAUACUGAUGAAGAAUUGACAGAGGCCUUUGAAGCUGAUGAGAAAGAGAAAAAGGUCAUGGAAGGACCUCAAGAGAAAACCAAAGAAGAGGAUAUCCCUGCUGAGGUGAUUGCAGAGAGCAUUGCCUUAGUGAAGAAACAACAGGAGACUCAGAGUGCCGAACUGACGAGCUUUGAACUAGCCCUAUUUGAUGACAUGGAGGCCGAGCACUCCACUGCUAUUCCAUAG